CAAAACAGUGAGACAGGCGGAGGAAAAGCAGCCCGUCAGUGGAUGUGACACGCUUACAAAUACACAGAAAACAAGCAGCGAGCAGCAGGACAUCAUGAUCCGGCUCCAGCGGAGGGUUUAGUUUCCUCGAUUCAACCGGACAGCGGACUUUUCUCUUAUUUUUCUCCCCGCCAGAGACAUCUGAGGCAGCAGCACCAUGGUGAAGCAGUCGGACCGAGCCCCGCUGCUGGACUGGGAGGAGAUCCCACCGCCCGAUCCGAACCAGGCGGCCCCGCCGCCGCCUGCACCGCCGCGGGAGGAGGAGGACGCACCGGCGGUGAAAACUUCGCAGCCAGUCGGGCGUCGCACAAAAACAUCAAUCGCGCCUGGUUCAGGGUGGAGCAGCACCACCACCACCAUCACCUGCAGCCCGACAAAGAGUGUAACAGCUGUUGUUGCCAGCGGGACCGGAAGCCCGGCGGGCCGUCCGCGCACGGAGCUCUCGGGGCGCGGGUGGGAACGCCCGGAACCUCUCGGUACAGACCGCAAUGUUCCCUUCCCCGGCCUCUCGCUGAGGGAUCAGUGGGAGGAAAAGGACCAGAUCGUGGCUGUGUUUGUGGUUACCUUUGAUACAAGAUCAGGGAAUAUGGUAGAGUGGUGCCUGCCUCAUGACGUCAACCUAGAUGGAGUUGAAUUCAAGUCAAUGGCCAGCGGUUCCCAUCGGAUCACCAGUGACUUCAUAUAUUUCCGUAAAGGCUGUUACUUUGGGCUGGCCUGUUUUGCGAACAUGCCCGUUGAGAGUGAGCUGGAGCGAGGAGCGAGGAUGAAGUCUGUGGGAAUUCUGUCUCCCUCCUACACUCUGCUGUAUCGCUACAUGCACUUCCUGGAGAACCAAGUCAGACACCAGUUGCAGUGUCCGGGCCAGUAUUCUCCACUAGAGGCCUUCUACGAGGAUAAGAAGGCCGUCCUUCCUCCUGCAGGAAAUGGUCUGGUCCCCGCUCCAACCUGGAGCGUGACCUCCAUCAACCGCUGCAUGCACCCAGAGAUGAAGAUCACCCACCCUGCUGGCUGCAUGUCGCAGUUCAUUCAGUUUUUCGGGGAGCAGAUUAUGGUGCUGUGGAAGUUUGCACUGCUGAGGAAACGGCUCCUCAUCUUCUCACCUCCACCUGUUGGUGUGGUGUGCUACAGGGUGUAUUGCUGUUGCUGCCUGGCCAAUGUCUCUUUACCUGGAGUCGGUAUCUCUGUGCCUGAAUUACGGCCCUUUUUCUACAUCAACAUAGCCGACAUCACCACGCUGGAAACAGAGCUGUCAUACGUUGCCUGUACCACAGAGAAAAUUUUUGAGGAGAAAAAGGAGCUGUACGACGUCUACAUUGAUAACCAGAAUGUGAAAACGCACAGAAGCCAUUUGCAGCCGCUGCUCCGACUCAAUGCAGCAGAUAAGGAGAAGUACAGGAAACUGAGUGAACAGAGACAACUGCUGCUGUACUCUCAGGAGGUGGAAGGAGACUGCACGUCGAAUGAAGAAGAUCUUUUCAUCCUGUUCUUCAUGGAGCUGAAUAACCGAAUCUUCCAGACGCUGUCAGACGUAGCAGGGAGCAGCGAUCCCACCCUGACCGCUGAGCACGUGAGGGCCAUGGGGCUGGACCCCCAGGGAGACCGCUCCUUCCUCCUCGACCUGCUGGAGGUGUACGGCAUCGACGUCACGCUGGUCAUAGACAACCUGUGCUGCCCCUGAGCCCCGCCGCGGCCCGGGAGACUCUGAACGCCACUGGAUAUUUGUGCCUUCAAGGCCCACAAACACAAAGACACCGAAGACACUGCCUCCACCCUGGGACCUCCAUCUGUCGCCCCUCCUGGGUGUCUCUUUUCUCUCUGUGCGUGUCUCAUCUGGACCCGUGGAGACUGUUUCCAAUGAUGAGGACACUUAACGUUGGUGCACUGGUCCACAGUGGCUGAUAAACAGCUAGCAGAUGGUAUCAGGUGGCAGCUGCGUGGUCUUACAUCCACAUCUUCUGUCACUCAGUGCUGUUUUUUCUCAAGAAUAUUUGUUUGUUUGUUCGACUUUGACUCCGGAUGAAGUGGCCAGAGCUGAAGCACUGGAUAGAAGUCUUGAUCAGGUCUGGUCAUCAAUCACAGCAUGAGUCAUCUGUCUCACUAGCCUGCAGCUUUGGUGUCACUCACUGUUCGUCUAAAAAGAAAAGAUUCACUGUAUGUGGGCGAGGUUUUACUGCUGGAAAUGAGUUUAUGUGAUUCAAAUAGAUUUUUAUGGAAGAUUCCAGGCGUCAUGAUGUGCAACGAAUUCAUCCUGCUGUAAAAACAUACUUGGAUGAUUGUGUUGAGUAAAUCAAAUGCUUUUGACUACUUUAUUUGCCUUUCAAAAAGGAAGCAAUAGGAGUCUGUAUUGAAACCAGCCUUCUUAAUGUGUGUGUGCAUUUUUUACUAUUUCUUUCACAACUGAAAGUGAGCGGUGUGGAAAAAAUGUUUCUUAAUGAUUGUGAUACCCUCUUUUUAUAACGGGGAUUGUUAAUUAUUAUGAAGCUGAAUCACAGAAUGAGAGGGAAGAAGCUGUUUAAUACUUUUUAGAGCCCGACCGAUAUGGGAUUUUUGAGACGAUACCGAUUUUAGAUGGAAAAAUCCUCUGAUUAACCUUUUGGCAGCUGAUGUGGUGAAUUUUUGAGCUGGAAUUAAAAAGGGACCUUGCAUCGAUGUUGCAUAUAUAUGACUGCAGAAAGGUACUCAGAAGCUUUCUUAAACAAAUAACUUUAUUAAAAAGAUUUAACACUAUUAUCUAUCAUUGUAAAUUAUACAUAUAAUGUAUUACAUUGUAAACAAUUAUGUGAAAACUGGAAAAAUAAAGAAUAAAUACAAAUAAAAUGAACAUCAGUACUGUUAGUUCAGUGUCAGUCAAUUGCUGACACAUGUUUAAACACAUAAUGCAAAAAAUAAUAAUAGUUUUCACAUCGGCGCAUAUCUGAAAACAUAUUACAGAACAACCAAUGAUGUUUUUUGGGUCUGUUACUAAUAUUCAGGAGUAACAAAAAUCCCAUAUUGAUAUAUUGGCUAAUAUAUAUAAAUGUAAAAAAAACGAUUAAACCCCUAUUUAUGUUAUAACAGAAUUAAUAUUUUAAGAGUAUAUUCAAAAGGCAAAUGUUUCUUUUAUUGUCACCAGCUGCAGUUUGCUCCAGUGACUGAAUGACACUAUAGAGUUGACAUUGCUAAGAGCAUUAUUUUGUCCCUCAUUCUGUGCUGCCUACCAACGGAUUUUAGGGCGAACUAUAUGAUUAUACCAUUUCUUUUUUUUUGGUAAAUUUUAUUUAUGCAAAGUUUUGACACAUACAGUACAAGAAACAUAGAAAAAACCCAACAGAGAAAAAAUAAAAUAAAAUAUAAGUAAACAAACAGAUAAAACAAAAAUAAAACAAAAAAAAAAAGCAACAGACAGACAGCCACCACUCAAUCAUUGAUUAAACCAUUUCUAAAUCACCAAAGCAUUUUUUCUACAUUACAUUCUGUAAAGAAAACAAAAAGUUUUGGACAACAUCGGACUCUACAACAUGUUUGCCGAUACUGAUCGAUACCCUUAUGUCUAUAUAGUAGUGUGUAUAUAUAUAUAUAUAUAUAUAUAUAUAUAUAUAUAUAUAUAUACACUACCGGUCAAAAGUUUUAGAACACACCAACUUUUCCAGAAUUUAAUUGAAAAUUAUGCAGUUUAAUGUCUCAGUGUACUCUGAAAUUAAUGCACAUUUGCAACAUUUAAAAUUCUUUAUUGAGCAUGAUAGUGUUUUGAAAGUAAAAAAAAGAUUCAAAAUCACAUUUUAUGUUGGACUAAAGGACUAAAAAAAGACACAAAAUGACCAAAAAAAGACACAAUGAAAAGAAAAGAAUUCAAAAAUGGACAAAAUAGCCCAAGACUCCAUAGAGUUAAGUUGUUAACCCAUUUCUUGUUCCCUGAAAAAGGCCUACUUGUAUAAUUCUGAAAUGUACAUUAUUUUCCAGUUUUGGUUAAGCUUACCUUUUUUUAUUUAGCUCUGGCAGUUCACCACUUACCUUUGGACCCUUUCAAGCUGUUCAUUUGACUUGAACUGCUUGAAUUUCAAUAAAAAACUGGAAAAAUUGGGGUGUUCUAAAACUUUUGACCGGUAGUGUAUAUAUAUAUAUAUAUAUAUAUAUAUAUAUAUAUAUAUAUAUAUAUAUAGCGGUCGGGCUCUAAUACUUUGUUCACCUUUAUGCACCUUCAACACAAACUAGAUCUGAUAAUGUGUCUAAUGUUUGAUCACAAAGUGCAAGUGACAGAGGCGUUUCUCUAAACGUUUGUUGUGUUCCAUGUUUUUCCUGAAGCUGAGCUUUUCUCAACUGUCAAUGAAUGUGACUUUAUAACACUUUGUGAUCAUGAAUGCUGCACCAUAUUGUCCACCAUUGGACUAUUUCCUGAUGCACACAGUGAUCAUGCUUAACUGUACCUUUUUUAUUAUGCUAUGUUUAUGACUUACAGUCUGAGCCAGCAAGUGGUUAUAGAGUGGAGGGACUCUGUGUGUGUGUGUUGCACUGUAAACAGGCUUUCAUUGUUCUUAUUUUGGUUCAUCAAUGGAAUCUAAUCUAUGUUGUGUGAUGGUGGAGAGUCCUCGAUGGAGCUGAUUGUAGUUUACUUGUUGAUCAGCUUCAAAGAGAUCCUCUUUGCUCGUUUGACAAAGAUCUCUUUGUGUUUUUGGGAGAUAUUUGGUGUUGGUCCCAGCCCAACCCCCCCCCCCCCCCCCCCCCCCCCGCCCCCCCACAGCUGAGGGUUUCUCUCACUCUUUUCAUCACAGUCCCAUUGAGUGAAUCCAGCUCCCGAGACGGGCCAACUGUGUCUUUUUGAAUGAUCUCUUGGCUGACUGGUUUAUUUAAUCCAUCACGUUGCCAAUCAGAGUGAUAAUUUGUUCCAUGUUGGAACACACGAGGCUGAAGUUAUCCUCAUAGAAAUUUGGGAACCUGGUCUCACAGAAAUCCGUGAAAUAGCCACGGAUUACGCUUAACUCAAAAUCCGUGGAAUAGCCACGGAAUCACUCAAAUUUCCGUGAAACUGACACGGAUUUCGCUACAAUGCAAGUUAAAGACAGUCAUAUCCCGUGGCUAUUCCAUGGAUAUUUGUUCCUAUUGGUUUGUUCCAAGUCACGUGACUUUCAAGGUUCCGGCGGUCAGAACAAAAAACAUGGCGGACAGUUCUUUCAUUUUUAGUGAAAAAAUUAAUAUUUUGACUUUGUUUCUGCAUAAAAAUGGAUUUUGAUCACAUUUCUAGCGAGAAAUAUAUGUUUUAUUUCCUAAAUAUUCACUCAGUGAAUAUACAUAAUCACUUUGUGGUGAAGAUCUCGCCAGAAAAAUAUGACUGUCAUUAACUUGCAUUGUAGCGAAAUCCGUGUCAGUUUCACGGAAAUUUGAGCGAUUCCGUGGCUAUUCCACGGAUUUUGAGUUAAGCGAAAUCCGUGGCUAUUUCAAGGAUUCCUGUGAGACCAGGUUGAAAUUUGGAGUCGUGGUUCUCAGCCGUCUCUUGCCCCCUCCCUGAUGAAAGCUAAAACGCCAAGUCAUUUUUUUAAACAUGUAGCAAGCAUCUACAAAUAUUUAUUAUCAUUCCAAAAAUGACCUUUCAUGGCCUGAUCCCCAGGUUGAGAAGUGCUGAUUGCCUAAAAAGUAACAAGGACAUUGUUAAGCGUUAUUGUUUAAAUGGGGCCUUAAAGAGUUUUUUUUUCCUACAGCAAAGUGUCAUUAAUGUACGCACGUCACCAAUAUUUACCGACAGAUUAAGAACACUUCUGAUGACCUUACUUGAGUCUUAAUCACAGGCUGGUUAUUUAACCAGAGUAGUACUAUUCUGGUGGUUUUAUCUUUUUAACUCAUAAGAACCCAGACCCAGUUAUCCUUAAAGGAUGUGUUCUAUAAGUAGACCACAUAGAACACAUUUCUGAUGUUUAAAAAAAAUAAAUACUACCCCUAAAUAUAAAAGAGCUGUAAUGAGACAUAAAUAUUACAAUGGGGUUUUAUGGUCUUUAUGUUUAUGAUAUUUCUUAUUUUAAAAUAGAAAAAAACUAGACACAUUUUCUGCUUACAGAGACACAAAUUUACCUUUUUAUUUUGCAUCUCCAUAAAAUAUAUCAAAAUUGUGACUUUAAUUUGUGCAAGAAAUAUGGUUAGAACAAGUUAAAUGCAAUACAGGACAUCCUAGUAAUCAUCCUAGUUUAAACUUAGCCUUGUCACAAAAAAUAAGCUUUUUAACAUUAGCUACUUUUUCACAUUUCUGUUUCCAGUCACAGCCACAUUCUUGUCAAAGUCACAUGACCCCCCCACCCCCCACACUCACCCCCGAUGCAAGCUAAAACGCCAAGUCAUUUUUUUAAACAUGUAGCAAGCAUCUACAAAUAUUUAUUAUCAUUCCAAAAAUGACCUUCUGUGGGCUGAUCCCCAGGUUGAGAAGUGCUGAUUGCCUAAAAAGUAACAAGGACAUUGUUAAGCGUUAUUGUUUAAAUGGGGCCUUAAAGAGUUUUUUUUUUUCCUACAGCAAAGUGUCAUUAAUGUACGCACGUCAUCAGUAUUUACCGACAGAUUAAGAACACUUCUGAUGACCUUACCUGUUGACUCUGACCGGUCUGUCUACCUGUCAGCAGACUUACUUACACUCUUGCCUGUGACGGUGUUUGCUUUACAGGUGUAUGUUAAAUGUAAAAGGGAAUGUACACAACACACACCACUGUAUAAAAUGCCUUCUUUGUGGAGUCGUUCACAGACGUGUACCAGCAUUAGCGAAAAACGAGUCGUUUGUACAGAAUGUCAAAGACAAAGCAAACGUAUUGCACACGUGCAGCAACACAUCCAAGUAAUGUAACUGUUUCCUUCUUGAUUGUAAUGUAAAUCAAAGGGUAUCCACAGAAUAACAACUAAGUCUUCACCUUUACUAAUGUGAAACACUGUAACAGAUGUCAGUAAUGUACACAUGAACUCAAUAGCAUGAGCAACUGUUCAUUUCACUGUACUGCCAUUGUAAACCAAUAAAACAUUGAUUCAGUUUA